CCAUGCGAUUAAAGACGCCAGCCGUAGCCAACGAGAAUGUUGCGAAUCCGGUUUUACUUUCUUGUGCUGUGCGGCGCGGCCAUUGCCUUGGGGCAGGCGAACGGCGAGUCGUUGGGUAUUGAAGGCCAACAGCGAUUGCGGCAGCUGCGCCACCUGGCGGUUGAGUUCAUUGACUACUAUGGCAACAUAACGAUCAGAGAUGUGCAAUCGCCUGCCGCAGAGUUGCCCAAUCAGCAGGAUUUGCAGUGCAUGGCGGAAAUCGCUAUGCUCAGCCAGGGCUUAAAGGAUGGCAGGCUUUGGGCGCUGCAAAUGAUUGACUCUUGGGGUCGGCUGCCAGCCGGCAUACUUCAUGGCAACUUGAAGGAUCUGGGCAACUAUGAUGAGUGCCUUCGCGUGAACCAUCCCAUGGCAAAUACGGGUCAAAGUCUGCGCGGCAAAUACUGUUUGGCAAAGAUAGCAGGGAGCGGUAUGGGCGGCGUAAUGGGCACGUUGGGCAUUAAGACAGCUAUUUGCUUGCCCGCCUCCUGCACGGUGGAUCACAUAGAUAUGCUGCUGCGCCAGCUCCUCCAGCAGCUGCUCAAUCAGAGCAUGGAACCGCAGUUGAUCACGGCUGGCGAGUGCGAUACUGCAGAGCAGGAGCCGCUCGAUGGCCUGGCCAUAUUUACCAUCGUGCUCUUUGGCGUCUUCGUAGUGGCCAUGCUCUUGGCCACCUGCUGGGACUACUUUCUGUGCAAGGAUCAGAAGCACUUACCCACCAUGGUCAAGAUAUUUUCGGCACGUGCAAAUUCACGUUCACUGUUCCGUAUCGUGGAUAGCAAAUCGAAUCCAAAUGUCAUCGAUUGUCUGCAUGGCAUACGCUGCUUAUCUCUCAUUUGGGUUGUUUAUGGCCAUGGUUCUGUGAUUCAGAUUUUUGCGCCCAAUAUCAAUCUGGUCGAUAUCAUUCCGUGGUAUAAAUCGGCAUACAGCGUGUUCAUCGUGCAUGGCUUGUUCUCUGUGGAUACCUUCUUCUUUCUGAGCGGGAUGCUGGUGGUUAUGGUUGCGCUGCGUGCCAUGGAAAGAUCGAAGGGCAAGCUGAACGUCCCAUUGAUGUAUCUGCAUCGCUAUCUACGUCUUACGCCCGUCUUAGCCGUGGCCAUAAUUUUCUAUAUGAGAAUUCUACCCAUCUUGGGCAAUGGUCCAAUCCACAAAAACUUCGUAUCGUUCGAGAGCUGCGAGGACAAUUGGUUCCUGACUCUGCUCUACGUUCAAAACUAUGCCACUGAUAAUAUGUGCUUGGAUCACACCUGGUAUCUGAGCGUUGACAUGCAGCUGUACAUCAUUGCGCCAAUCAUGCUGUUUGGGCUCUACAAAUGGGGCAGGAAGGCGGUAGCUGGAAUUGUUGUCUUCAUGCUGCUGAUGGUCGCUUGUCUCUUUAGCAUGAUGGUUAUCAAUGAAUAUAGUCUAUCCAGGAUUAAUAAUGGACUAAAAAAGAUCUAUUACACCACCCACACGCGCACCUCGCCCUGGCUAAUUGGCCUGCUUUUUGGCUACUAUCUGCAUGUGAAUCGCACCAAGACAUUUAAGCUGAGCCGCCUAGCUGUUUGGCUGGGUUGGCUAAUCUGCUUGGCGCUCAUAUUCACCUGCAUGUUCGCCCUCUAUCCCUAUCAAGCGAACGUCUCUCAUGUGCCCAUUGUGAGCGAAGCGUUCUAUGUGACGCUGACGCGCGUCGCCUGGCCCCUGGCCCUGGUCUGGCUGGUAUUUGCCUGCAAAUACGGCUACGGCGGCUUGGCCAACAGUUUCCUCUCCUCCCCGCUGUGGCAGCCCCUGUCGAAGCUCUCCUACUCCGCCUACAUCUGGCAUAUAUUCAUUGCGAUUCACAAUCUGGGCAUCACACGAACCAGCAGCUACUUCAGCAACUAUCAAGUGAUGCUGCGCUUCUGGCAUGACUUUGGCUUUACGGUUCUGAUGUCCUAUUUUAUGUACAUUCUGUUCGAGGCGCCGUUUGCUGGCCUGGAGAUGUUGCUGCUGCCCACUCGUCGUCCCAGUCCGAAGCCAGAAGCUACUUCGGUAGAUCCAAAGAUUGCGAAUGUACAAGUGGAGCCUGCGAUCAUGGAGAGUGCUCCAGUAAUCGAGCAGAAAGCAGUUCCGAUUAGUUAGGCCUUUACUUCUUA